GACGCAUUUAGGUUUGGGGAAUCUAGUUGCAGUGGAUUAUGAACGCUUUUGGACACCAACCAUCUAACCAGCAGACCAGCCCUAUUCAGCACCACACCGCACAGGAGAUCCUGGACAUGGCCGUGUACUGCGAUAACUACGGUGUGUACCAACAGAACCUCCACCACCAUCACCCUCAGAGGCCGCCGACGCACCCCACCAGCUACGGCCUCGGAGAGUACACCUCUCCCUCCACGAACCCGUACCUAUGGCUGAACGGACCCAGCAUCAACUCCUCUCCGUAUCUCCCCGGGAACAACGGCUCGUCCUAUAUUCAGUCUGGAUACGGCUCAAACCAGAGGCAGUUCUUACCGCCUCCCACUGGGUUUGGUGGCGCAGACCUGGGCUGGCUGUCCAUAUCCAGUCAGCAGGAACUCUUCAAGAUGGUCAGACCACCUUACUCCUACUCAGCACUGAUCGCCAUGGCCAUACAGAACAACCAAGACAAAAAGUUGACUCUCAGUCAGAUCUAUCAAUAUGUGGCUGAAAACUUCCCUUUCUACAAGAAGAGCAAAGCUGGCUGGCAGAAUUCAAUCCGACACAAUUUGUCACUGAACGACUGUUUCAAAAAAGUGGCACGGGAUGAAGAUGACCCCGGUAAGGGAAACUACUGGACCCUGGACCCCAACUGUGAGAAGAUGUUCGACAACGGGAACUUCAGACGGAAGAGGAAAAGGAGAGCUGACAUUAGCGGGGCUGACAGCACCUCUCUCCCAGUCAAGUUAGAGGACGGCCCGCACAAGCUCUCCGACACCGCCAGCCUGCUGAGCUCUUCCCCGCCCAGCCUGCACGGUUCCCCGGCCUCCCCCACGGAGCACAAGUCGUCCCCGUCUCCCUCCGCGGAGCACAGCCCGUGUUACAGCAACUUCGUGUCCAGCGUGAACUCGCUACUGGCGGGAAGCAGCGAGGGCUCACGGGCCGGGGAGCGGGACUACGGCUCCGGGCAUCUGUCCCAGAGCAGAGAGGGCAUGUCAGGACUCGGCGCCUACUCGCCCACUUUAAUCGCUCCUCUGAACUCUGACAACAACAGAAUCAACUAUUACACAUCCGUACAGAGCCUGUCCAACCAUUUUAGUGUUAAUAACCUCAUAUACAGCCGGGAAGGAACAGAGGUGUAGACUGUCGUUCUGUCAGUAUUGGGAUGUGACCGAAAAAAGUUAUUUAUCACUGUUUGUCUUCACAUUUCUUAUAGCCUGCGAUUAUUAUACUCCAGGUUUAGUAUGCCUCAUGUUGAACUCUGGACAUUAACUUUUUUUUUCUCCACACAAUUUCCUUUACUAACUGGAAAUCUAUUUCGCUGUAUUGAAAAGGAAUUUAACAAACUGUCAAUUUUCCAUUUUGGUUUGUUCAUACAAGUGCAACUCACGUGUUUAUAUGUAGAUAAUUAAUCAAUUUACAAAUCAGCCCAUGGAAAUCUAUUCUUGAACUCAUGGAUGUUUUUUUUACCAUAUUUUCUAAUUGUAGCUGCCCACUUGGGCUAACUCUGUCUUGAAUAAGAAGGAGAAACAUAUGUACAGAAAUUAUUUUUCAUAAGACCAUAUGAAAUGUAUUUUAGACUGCAUUGUGUUGUGUGUG